AUGGCCAGCACCUCCCUCUUCGCCUCGCCUCUGGGCUCAAGUCACCUCGCGCACCCGUCGACCGCCUCGAGCCACACCCUCCUCGGCCUCUUCCGCCCGUCCUCAUCGUCGUCGUCGUCGUCGCGCAAGGACCCGUCCUCCUCUCGGCCGGCCAAGCGCACCAAGGUCGCCUCUUCCUCGCUCAAGAUCUCGUCGCCCGUCCUCCAGUCGACGACGAACCUGUCGGUGGUGGCGCCGACGUACAUGGCGGCGUUCGAGGCGCCGCGCUCGGUCCGCCGCCGCGGCAGCGAGGCUUUUCCCUCGUCGGCGUCGCUCUCGGACGACGACGGCGACGACCGCGCCGCGUCGCCUCCUCCACCUUACCGCAACUCGGCACUCUCGGUCGACGGCGACGGCGACGACGACUCGGCGUGCUCCGCCGCCGUCGACAUCCUCGAGGAGAAGGCGCUCGUCGACGAAGACCAGGUCGAGCGGCGCAUGGCGAGGUGGGACGCCGAGCGGCGGCUGUGCAGGGCCGAGCAGGCGGUCGAGACGGACGUGCGGGUCGACGAGGAGCUGCGGCGGAUGGGCUUGUAG